AUGUCCGAAUGGGAAUCCUCAGAUUACGAGCCGUGGCUUCCCGUUACGGAGAAAUCCAACCCUCUGACCCGGGAUCUGGACCGCUCUCCGGCCGGGGACGUCCUCCGGAUGCUGCAGGCCUGCGAUGCUGAGAUGUUCCAACCGGAGACCGAAACGGCCUACCAGAGGUUCUCCAGCGUGGGAGUGGUCGGAGCUUUGGUGGAGCUGGCAGAGAGGGUGCAGCUCAUCCUGAAGGAUCCCGUGGACAGCCUCAUUGUGCUGAGCGGCUGUGGCACAUCCGGCCGUCUGGCUUUCCUCUUGGCGUCGGGCUUUAACAGAGCUCUGAGGCAGCUGGACCAGAGCCCCGUCUACUCCUACAUCAUCGCAGGAGGAGACAGGGCUCUGCUGUCCUCCCAGGAGGCCCCAGAGGACGACCCCGAACUGGGCACGCUCAGUCUGAAGCAGGCCUGUGAGGGGAAGAGGAGGGUCCUGUUCAUCGGCAUUUCUUGUGGAUUAUCUGCUCCGUUUGUGGCCGCUCAGCUGGACUUCUGCCUGCAGCAUCCAGAGGUUUUCACCCCGGUGCUGGUGGGCUUUAACCCCGCCCACCAGGCCAGGGCGGAGCCCAUCCCCGGAUGCUCCUUCACCUUCCUCAGUGUGGCCCAGAGGAUGCAGGAGCGAGCCCGAAGGAGGGAGGCUUUCCUCAUCAACCCGGCAGUCGGGCCGGAGGCCGUCAGCGGCUCCUCCAGGAUGAAGGGAGGCAGCGCCACCAAGAUCCUGCUGGAGGUCGUGCUGUCGGCCGCGCACGCCACCGCCGCCACUAAGCAUGGCAUCCUGCAGCACAUUAAAGCUUAUGAAGAAACUGUGGACUUUACAUACUCACAGAGAGAGGAGCUGACGGCUGUGGUGGAGGCCGCUGGACACAGUUUGCUGGGGGGGGGCCGUGUGUGCUACCUGGGCUGGGGCUCCCCAGGUGUGCUGGGCCUUAUUGAUGCCAGUGAGUGUGUCCCCACGUUCGGAGCAGACUAUGAAGACAUCCGAGGAUUCAUCAGUGGAGGAUACAAAGAGCUGAGCAACAAUGAAGGCCCCUUAACUUCUCUGGUAUGUGAGGAGAAAGAAUAA